GACAAGGUUGAGCACACGGCAGAAAAGCAGAGCACAUUCCGGAUGAAGGAAGAAGAACUACAACAUCAGGACCACAUUAGAAGAAAACAGUCUCCGUAGACAAAUUGAAGAGGGAUGGAAGACAAAAGAAAUGCUUCUUCUAACCAAGAUUGGAGAAGAAGUAAAAAGAGAAGCCCGAAUUGAGGAACAACGUCAUAAACUCUGGGAGGAAGCCCACCGGAAGAAACAAGCACUUCUAGAGAAAAAAAUCGCUUAUCAUUUACAAAAAAUGCAAAAGGAUGACCUUAAGAGAGAAGAACCAGGGGAAAGUAUAAAUGAAAACAAAGGACAAGACAAAAGAGAAGGACCAGGUCACCAUUCUCUGAGUUUUGUAAAGGUUCCUGCCAAAAACUCAUCAGUCUUCAUAUCUUCUCAGCAUGAUGUACAGAAAAACAAAGCAGAACAAAAGAAACAUAAAGAAAUGACUAAAACAUCACAUAUUUUAAAUGAAGGAAUCAAAAGUAGCUCACUUCAAGUUCCAGGUGUUUCUGCUAAAACAAAUGGCCCCAGACAUUCUGUGCAGGCUAUUUUGAAACAAGAGGUGAAAUAUGCUGAUUUUAAUGAAGAAAGGGCCAAGAAAUCAAGCAUUAGCUCUAAGUCAGCUCAAGGAGUCUUUGCUUCUCAUGAUUCACCAAUUAAACAACAAAACUAUCAUAACUGCCGUCAAGGAAAAGUAACUUCAGAAGAACUGAACAAUAUAAUUCAUAAUAUAAUGACCUGGGUUGUGGCUGCAGUGACCAGUAUAUUAUACCCAGCCAUCACAAAAUAUGAAAAAAGGUUGCAAAAUACUACAUACCCAUCGUCUGAUGACUCUACCCUCUCUUCAAAUAGUGUGAGUUGCUGUAGCACAUGCAGUGAAAUGCUUCUAUAUGAACUAAGUAAGGCAUUUCAGGCAGAGGUCUGUACAGACACAGCUGACAGGUCACUACAGCAACCAGCAGCACCUGUAAGACCAUCUUCUGCCCACAAAGAAAGAACAGUUAUGGGAAAAACUCAUCACAGGAAAAGACAACAUAAAACCUCUGGACCACUGAGACCAUUGAGACCUCUGGAUAAUGAGACCACUGAAUCCCCCAAGAUUAAGACCUGCAAAUAUGAUAGUCACCUUUCUGCACUGAUUGAAACAGGCACAAAGGAAUCUAAAGAUGGCUCAGAACACCCACUGUCUACUGAUGAAAAAGCAAAAGUUGUAAAGGAGAUGCAGGAGUUAAAGAAUGUUUUUGAUAACUUUAAAUAUCAUCUAAAAGAGGAAACUGAGCUGAUUUUAGAAAAUACAUUUCAUGAAAUGGUGUCUGAAUUAACCCAAACCAUCCCCAUUCUUUCUUCUGUUACAGCCAAAGCUCUGGUUGACCAAACUGACACUGACAAAGGAGACUUACUCUCCAAUGCCAAUAUCUCCUCAGCAGCUGCUGAAAUUAUGGAAAGCGUGCUUGAGAAGUUACAGUCUGCAGUUGAGAAAAAAUGUAUUGAAGUAUUUGCAUAA